AUGCCAGGUGUAGGCCCGCAACUUCCACCUGAGUUGCAAAAACGCAAGCACAGUAUUGAUGAUGACGGCAAUCUGAGCGAUUCUUCCUCCUCGGCCUCCAACAGUCCUCAGUCGGCUCCUCCUCCAAGAGAGUUAGGAUCUGCCCCUUCCCCCAAACGGAGUCGAAUCCUAGGUCCGACACUUCCUCCUGCACCACUGGAGGAGCGACCCUCGAGCCCCGCGCUAGGGGACCUAAGUGAGAGCGAAAGCAGCGAUGACGAUGGGUUUGGACCCAGCCUUCCAACUGCCAAAGAUGCAAUGAACAAGGCUUCGAAUGGGCCAUCAUUGCGAUCGUCCUCGAACCAACCUGCUCCAGUGGCACUCAAACGUGACGAAUGGAUGACGCUUGCGCCUGAGGGAGGAGACUGGUCACAAAGAGUCGACCCUACGAAAUUGAAGAAUCGCAAAUUCAACACUGGUCGAGGAGCAAAAGGACCGCCACAAGCCAGUGGGGCCGGUGGAGAUUCAUGGCAUGAGACGCCAGAGGAAAAGCUUGCAAGGCUACAGCGAGAAGCAAUGGGUGUUGGUGAUAGGCCCGGAGCUGGAAAAGUUGCACAAACAAAAGAUCCUCGUGACGAGGCGGUCGCGAAAAGAAUGAAAGAGUUCAACGACAAAGCUCGCGGUCCAGCUCUUUAUGCUUCUCAUCAAAAGUCAAAUACCGAGGAGGAGGACGAUCCAAGUGCUCGCGCAUUCGAUCGAGAGAAGGACAUUGGAGGCUUCAAGAUUAAUUCCACACAGAGGCGUGACAUGGUAAAGAAAGCGGCCGACUUUUCCUCCAGGUUCAGCAGCGCCAAAUACUUGUGA